UGGGCGCCGGACCGGGUCGGUGCUGGCAGGUCGGCUGGUUGGUUGGCAGUUGAUCCUUGGGCCAGUGGCCUGUCGCUGAGUUCUCUGCUCUUAUGUUGGAAGGUGACAGGGACACGGCAGCGACCGCACACCUGAGCCUCCGGAGAGAAGCAGCGCUCAGGCAUCCAGGCAUCGUCCAGCGGCCACAAUCCAGAUGUCUUUCCUUCCAGACCGCCUUUUCUGCAUCAGCACCAACUCAGGUUUCUGCAGAGCCGAGCUCCCAGUUGGAGCACAUGGGGAAAUAGCAGCAGGAGGAGACUAAGUGGACAAAAGGAGCCAUGACUUCUGAUGCUAGCCAUGCACUGGAAGCUGCCCUGGAGCAGAUGGAUGGGAUUAUUGCAGGCACUAAAACAGUCACAGAUAUUAGUGAUGGCAAUUGUGAGCCUGGGCUAUCUCCUCCAUCCUCCUGUAUGAACUCCAUACCAGUGCUUCAUCUCAUUGAGGACCUGAGACUGGCGCUGGAGAUGUUGGCCCUUCCUCAGGAGAGAGAAGCCCUGCUGAGCCAGAUCCCUGGCCCAACGGCUUCCUACAUAAAGGAAUGGUUUGAGGACAGCUUGUCCCAGGUAAAUCACCACAGUGCUGCUAGUAAUGAAACCUACCAGGAACGCCUGGCGCGGCUAGAAGGAGAUAAAGAGUCCCUCAUACUACAGGUGAGCGUCCUCACAGACCAAGUGGAAGCCCAAGGAGAGAAGAUUCGGGACCUUGAAGUGUGUCUGGAAGGACACCAGGUGAAACUCAAUGCUGCCGAAGAGAUGCUUCAGCAGGAACUGCUAAGUCGCACAUCUCUGGAGACCCAGAAACUGGAUCUGAUGACUGAGGUGUCUGAGCUGAAGCUCAAGCUGGUCGGUAUGGAGAAAGAGCAAAGAGAACAAGAGGAGAAACAGAGAAAAGCAGAGGAGUUACUGCAGGAGCUCAAGCACCUCAAAAUCAAAGUGGAAGAGCUGGAGAAUGAACGGAACCAGUAUGAGUGGGAGCUGAAGGCCACUAAGGCUGAGGUAGCCCAGCUGCAAGAACAGGUGGCCUUAAAAGAUGCAGAAAUUGAGCGUCUUCACAGCCAACUCUCCCGGAGUGCAGCUCUCCACAGUGACCAUGCAGAACGAGACCAAGAAAUCCACCAUCUGAAAAUGGGCAUGGAAACGCUGCUGGUUGCUAAUGAGGAUAAGGACCGUCGGAUAGAGGAGCUAAAGGGGCUGUUGAACCAGUACCUAAGGGUGAAGGAGAUGAUGAUGGCAGCUCAAGGGCCUUCCGAGAGAACCCUCUCAAUCAAUGAAGAUGAAAUGGAGGGGAGCAUCAGAAAACGGAACACCACAAAUAAAAACCCCGAGGAAGUACUGAAACAAGAGGUAUCGCCACGAUGCAGCUCUCCUACCCCAGGGCCACCUCCCUUGCCGCAGAAAUCACUGGAGACCAGGGCUCAGAAGAAACUCUCCUGUAGUCUGGAAGACUUGAGACGUGAAUCUGGGGAUAAGUGUGUCGAUGGGAACCAGUUGACCCUGGUGGGAGAGCCCAAGGACAGCUCUUUCUCAGCGGAGCAGAAAUACCCUACAUUACCUGGGAAGCUCUCAGGCACCACGCCCAAUGGAGAAGCCGCCAAGUCUCCUCCCACUGUCUCCUCCCAGCCCGACUCUUCAGGGAGCAGCCUGCUGAGGCUGAGAGAGACAGAAAGUGGCUGGGAAGAUACAGGUGUGACCAAUGAACUCUCAUCUACUUCAUCUGGUACUGAGUCCAGUCCCCAGUCUCCCCUGACACCAGACGGCAAACGGAGCCCCAAAGGCAUCAAGAAAUUCUGGGGAAAAAUCCGAAGAACUCAGUCAGGAAAUUUCAACACUGAUGCACCAGGGAUGGCAGAGUUUCGACGAGGUGGGCUCCGGGCGACUGCAGGGCCAAGACUUUCUAGGACCAGGGACGCCAAGGGACAGAAAUGUGAUGCCAACGCCCCUUUUGCCCAGUGGAGCACAGAGCGUGUAUGUGCAUGGCUAGAGGAUUUUGGCCUGGCUCAGUAUGUGAUUUUUGCCAGACAGUGGGUGACAUCUGGCCAUACCCUACUGACAGCUACACCUCAGGACAUGGAAAAGGAGCUAGGGAUUAAACACCCCCUCCAUAGGAAGAAGCUGGUUUUAGCAGUGAAAGCUAUCAACGCCAAGCAAGAAGAGAAGUCUGCGCUGCUUGACCAUAUUUGGGUGACACGGUGGCUUGACGAUAUUGGCUUACCCCAGUACAAAGAUCAGUUUCAUGAAUCGAGAGUUGAUGGGCGAAUGCUGCAAUACCUAACUGUGAAUGAUCUACUCUUCUUAAAAGUCACCAGCCAACUUCAUCAUCUCAGCAUCAAAUGUGCUAUUCACGUGCUACAUGUCAAUAAGUUCAACCCCCACUGCCUGCACAGGAGGCCUGCUGAUGAGAGUAACCUUUCUCCUUCAGAGGUUGUCCAGUGGUCCAACCACAGGGUAAUGGAGUGGCUGCGGUCCGUGGACCUGGCAGAGUAUGCGCCCAACCUUCGAGGGAGUGGUGUUCAUGGCGGCCUCAUCAUCCUGGAGCCACGCUUCACUGGAGACACCCUGGCUAUGCUUCUUAAUAUCCCCCCACAGAAGACACUCCUUAGGCGCCAUCUGACCACCAAGUUCAACGCCCUGAUUGGUUCUGAGGCCGAACAGGAAAAGCGAGAUAAAAUGGCCUCACCAGCUUACACACCUCUGACCACCACAGCCAAAGUCCGGCCCAGGAAACUCGGGUUUUCCCAUUUUGGAAACAUGAGAAAAAAGAAGUUUGAUGAGUCUACGGAUUAUAUUUGCCCCAUGGAGCCCAGUGACGCAGCCAAUGACAGCCACAGGGUCUAUGGUGUUUACGGGGGCCUUAGUCCCCUUGACAACCAUGAACUAGAUGGACUGGACCAGAUGGCACCUUCUGAAGUCACCGUGACACAAAUAGGGCUCCUCUCCCAAGACAUCCAUCGCCUCACGACUCUACUGAGCCAGGACCAACUACUGAAUGACUCGUCUGGCUGUCCCUGACGCUGAUGACUGUAGAUGACAUUCUUCAUGGCUGAGAGCCCAGAGAGGCAUGUGUGGGACCUUGAUGUUUGCCUCAAUGGGGAGUUGGCACAGAGCCAUCUACAGAACCCAGAUGGGGGGCUCUUUGGGGUCCCUUGGAAGUAGGUGCUGGCAGGAGCAAAAGCAGACGGAUGAGAUAGGUACCCAGAGGUGUCCCUGUGUUCUUCAGUGCCAUCCGUGAUCGCUGUUCGCUACAGAUUUUCUACCUUUUAUACUUUUAUAUACAAAUUGCAGACAUUCUUGUAGACAGGGAAGUGUUGUGUUAAAUGCAGAACAAAGGCAGUGAGCUCUUAGUUCAUAAAAGCCUCUGCUUGGAAAAAAAGCUGUGUAAACUGU